GGAGUUGAUUCACUGCGAAUGACAAAAAACAGCUGACUGGCUGGUGUUACGCGACUCGGGAAGAAGAAGAGCCCUUACGAUUUUGUAUGGACCUUUAAGUUUAUUUUGGGUUUUUGCCGUUUUAAGUGAGUGAAAUGCUAAGAACUUUCGUGACAAGCGCCCUGCGCAGCGUUUGCCGCCAGUCGCCGGUUGCGCCAUCGCUGGUUCCUCUGGUCCAGCGGACGCAACGUGCCAAUUUGGUGACUCUAGCCUGCCGUUCCAGCCUGCUGCCCGCUCCUUCGCUGGUUGCUCCUGCUCCACAGCUCCUCCGGCUGCCUGGAGGUCUGGCAGCCACAGGAUCACCACCGACCACUCGCAACGUGACCAAGUUCUCGCUGAUCAAGGGAAAGCGAAAGACCGCCAAGGCGGUCCUAAAGCGAUUCAAGCGCUUGGAAUGGGGCGCCUGGAUACGCACCCAUUCCGGUCGCCAGAAGAAGCUCUUCAAGAAGUCGGCUGCCCUGCGCCGCCGUCUCAAGCAGCACGUCUUCACGAACGCCACGCAGAGCUGGCUGCUGGACAAGAUGGUAACCAGCUUCUGGCGCCGCCCCAAGCACUAUAUCAACGAUCCCUACAGGCCCUAUCACAGCCGAAACGAGUACUUCGCCACAGAGUCGAAGACAUUUAAAGUCUAACCUUGUUAAUUAAAUGAUAAUACUUCAAUCUUUAAA